AUGGUCAAGCCAGCAUCCAGAAAGUUGAAGAUUUCUGGGCCAAUUAUAAUAGCCGACGGGGACCGCUACGCGGACGCUGGAGCAUCUUCGCGUUCAUCUCCUACACAGAUAGUACCACGGUCAACUCCAGACAACUCCGUGAUUGUGAUUGCCAAGUUCAACUUCAAAGCUGAGAAUAAGCAUGAGAUAUCCAUUGGCAUUGGGGAGGCGUUCAAACUCGUCCAGCGGAAGGGAAACGGGUGGAUUCUUGUAAAGCCAAUAGGAAGGCUUGGAGAAUGUGGGCUUAUACCGGCCAGUUACGUCCGCAUAGUGAAGAUAGACAAGUCCCAUCAUCCUCAGACAGACGAAGAAUGGCUAUCACAGCCUGAGACACACUGUGCGCACAAGACAACCCUCGAUGGUAAGAAUAAGAGCACCUCCAUGGCAUCUGAAAUAUCCGCCAUCUCUGACUCUGGUGAAGAUUUCACUUACCAAUCAUCCAUAUCGUCGGUGUCUUCCACGUCUCAAAAGAACUCUGCUACUACGUCACCAAAGAACUCAAUGGCUGCUAACACCUUGGCAACACCAAUCCCACUUUCUGGCCUCGUGAAGAACGCAGACACGUGCAAUGGCAGGUACUGGUACCGUGUUGAUGUUUCGAUGAGUAACGGGAAGACGAGACACUUGUGCAGAUAUUACCAAGAUUUCUACAAAUUGCACUGUGCAUUGGUUGAUCAACUGGUUCGCUCGAACCCUGAUCAGGACAUUAACGAGCUUGUAACCAAACUACCUACGCUCCCUGAUCCAAUUGCAAGACCAGAUCUUCAAACAUUGCAGAGUAUACUGUUGCAAAGAUGCCAGUGUUUGAACGUCUACAUAUUUAGAGUGAUUCAAAACAGACUCUCAUUGAACUACGGGAACAUAGUCAACGAGUGGGUCGAAUUACAAACUGGUGACCUCGAACUGAGUGACGACUUACAGAUAUCGAACAAAGAAAUACAGGAGAUGUUGAGUCCAAUGACAACACAAAACACAACAGGGAAACAGAGACCUGUGCUCUCGGUGAAGACCUCAGUCACACCGCCACUACCAAUGCUAAAUCAGCAUAUGUACCGCUCAUCAUCUGUUAGCUCUGCAAGCUCUACAAGUUCUCCAUCUGUCUGGACAUCUCCACCGUUGCAGUCCAAUCCAUCGUUUAGCCACUCUACGCCCACCAUCCUAGAAGGAGAAGCAACAGAGUUCAAUGACUGGUUAACUUCCCCUAUUCAACCUCUUCUGGUACCGAGAAGAGAUUCUUCAAGCCUACCGACAGGAAGGGAGGCGAAGGCAAAGGUGUUUUACAAUAACGACAUUUUUGCACUUAGAUUUAAACCUGGGUGCCGACUAGACGAAGUUAAAGGGAGUAUCGCAAGAAGGCUUGAAUGUGAUGUUGAUGCAUUGGUGCUAAGGUACAAGAUCCAUCAACACGAGAAUUUCAUUCCUCUGGAUACCGACGGUGAACUGAACAUGGCAAUGGAGUACGAAAAGUUUAACGUUGACGUUCAAUUACUCAGAAUGCAUUGA